AUGAAAAUUAGAAUUUAGGAAAUUUUGAAAAAGUCUAUCCUUUAGAAUAGUAUGAAGAAGAUUAUGAUAAAUUUAUAGAACAUGCUAUUUUAUUAUAUUAAGAAUCAACAGGAUAAAGUAAUAUAAAUAUAAUCUAAUUUAGAUGUAAAAAAAAUAUAUAAUAAUAAUAACAAUAAUAAUAAUAAUAAUAAUAUUAUUAUUAUUAUCAUUAAGAAGAAUUGAAAAACCUGAAAUUAAAUGAGAAUAUUAAUUAAGAACUUUAGAAUAUAAAUCAGAAUCUAAAAUUAUAGAAUAAAAAACAGAACUAUUUAGAUUAAAAAGUGAAAAGAAUGCUUUUAGCUGAUGAAACUACACUUAUAAUUAUUUAUUAUUUUAAUGUUAUUCAAUAAAUUUCUUAUUAAAUAUUGUAAUCGUAUAUAUCAAUUUAUUAUAUAAGAAACACGAAAUUUACAGGUUUAAAACCAUCUUAAAGAACUAUUUUAAAAUAAGAAACUGUAAAGCAGAAUUUUAAACUUCCUUCUAGUUAAGGUACUUUUAUUACACCAAAAUUAUUUGUGAUUAAUGAAUAUAAUAAAUACAGUAAUAAUCCUUUUUGA